CAUAAGUGCCUUUUUGUAUGGCAUGGGAAAGAUACAGAAAUAUUCUCAUGUAUGUGUGCUGCCCUGAUCUUACUGUUCUUGCUAGGCAAUGGCCUGUACUUAGCUGAGUUAACUUUGUUAUAAAUAGGAGAGUUUGAAUGAAUAAAUGCUCUGUGACUAAAGAUCUACAGGUAAUUACUGCAGAAUCACAGUAUAGCUCAAAAAUAGAAAGCAGAGGAUCAGCAUGUGACUGUUCAUUUUGCCUUCCCAGCAAGGCUUUCACUAGCAGCAAACAGCAGCUGCAGAUAAAAAUAGAAGGUGAUAUGCAACUAUGAUCUUUAGUUAAAUGCAGAAUUUGCUCUCCAUGAUGGCAAGGAGUCCAGAGCAACAAUGAAGUCUCUCCGAUUCAUUAGUGCUGAAGUAUUCGUGUCAAAUGCAGAGUUUGCCAGGAAGAGUCUCAGCAAUGUUGCCCAUAAUCUUUUUCCUCUUCUUUUUAAAGCCAGUUAUUUACUGGAGCAAGGGGAAGUGAUUCAUGACUUGGUAGAGAACUGGCCACUUACUGACUUUAACAUGGGCAAACUUUUGGGAACUACUGUGGACUACCAGGAAGACCUGAGCCAUAGAACAUGCUCAGUGUGUUUGGAAAGCUGUCUGACAGGGCUGAGAGACUACGUGCUGAAUCAUCCUUCUCCCUACGUGAAAAGGUUGAAAGUGGUCGAUCUGACGGGCAUAAAAGAUGCUGAAGUUCAAUUUUGUGAGUGUAAGAAGACAAUGGGCAGGUGGGCGAGGACACAGCUGCUUUCUAAGCUUUGUUUAGAACUGGUGGUUUACCUGCAACAAACACAGUGCAAUUCAGGUACCUUUGAAAUCAGUAUUGAUGUGCUAAUUGACUUGUUUGUUACAGAGCGGAACUAUGACCUGGUAGUACAGGCCCUGUUGAAGAAAUACUGUUGUCCACUGAAGAUCUGCUGUGUGGCAUUCAGAUCUGACAACUUGGCUUUGCAGAAAUUCUUCUAUAUCAUAAAGCUCGCUGAUCCUUCUUUGUUGCGCAAACUGGAAAUAGUUCACAAUGUUCGCUUGGAUAUGGAGCACUUGGAAAUACUCUUCAACAGCAUCCACUUCCCUCUAUUAAUGUCCUUGACCUUGCCAGCACGAACAUUUAAUGUGCAGAGGUUCACGGCUACAGAUGAACGGAUGCUUACUAACAUUGGAGAAAAGAUGGGUGAAAUGAUGCAGCUGACUGAGCUGAGUAUGCCGUUUUCUAUACUCACAGGAAGAAUACAGAAACUGCUCAGCCCACUAAAAACUCCACUGAAGAUGCUGGAUGUUUCUAACUGCUCAUUGAACCAUGCUGAUAUGGCCUAUUUAGCCAGUAGCUUCCAUGCUAAUCACUUAGAAGCCCUGGACCUCAGUGGUCACAAUAUACCUGACCUUUACCCAUCAAUAUUCUUUAAGCUUCUCAGCCAUUCCUCUUCAGUGCUCAGGAGUCUUACCCUGGAGGACUGUAACAUCCAAGACACUCAUGUCAACAUGUUGAUUUUAAGUUUAAGCCCCUGUCAGAAACUACAGGAGUUUAAGUUUCUUGGAAACCCACUGUCAUCCCAAGCACUUAAACACCUUUUCACAUUUCUCUGUGAGUUACCAAUGCUGAAAAAUGUGGAGUUCCCAGUUCCAAGGGACUGCUACCCUAUUGGCAUUACCUACCCAAUUGAUGAUGCCAGUCUCUGCAGAUUUGAUCACCAAAAAUAUGAAAGUGUAGCAGAGGAGCUUAACCUCAUUUUACUCCAAGCAAAUAGGGAGGAUGUGAAGGCUUCAACUCCACUCUUUGGCAGUUAUGAUGCAGCUAUUCAGGAGACAAACAAUGAACUGGGAGCUUACUUGAUCAAGUCCUUCAAAGAGACUUUAGAAAAGUUCACUACUCUUAACAAAAUGAGUUAAAGGUAUAACAUAGUGGUGAUGAGAUGCUCUGUCAAUUAACUCUGUCAGAAGUUAAUUUAGUCUUUUCUAGAACUGUGCCUUCAUUGAUCAGUCUCGAGGGGGUUUUUUGAUUUCUCAGCUGAAUUUACUUCUGUUUGAAUAGCCUUUGAUCAUGUGAGAUAUUUUAACUACACUAUAUUGCAUACAUCUUUCAUAAGCCUUUCAUGCUCUCAAAAGAGGGGAGGACCCUUAAUAGCUUAUUAAUUUACACAAAAGCACUCUGCUUCUCAGUAAAACAAUAGGUGUCCAAGCUUGGCUGAUUUCUUAUACAGUUUCCUCUGGAUUUAGCAGUGAGGCUUAUGGCACUACAGAAAACAUAGGACAAUCCUUUCUCAAGUCCAGCAGGAUGUCCCAAAGAUUGUGAACCUAUCGUCACCUAUGGCUCCCUAAACCAGUUUUUGGUUUUGCCCUUGGCCUUCCAAAUUCACCAGUCUGUGUUUUAUCUAGUACGUUCCCAUCAGUGGGGCAUGUAUAACAGCCUCCAUGUCCCUGCACCUCUCUUCUGCAGAGGCAAGCAUGAUAAACCUCCUUUUGCACGGGGAAUUACAGUUUGUCUAAUACAUUGUGCUGGUGAGGAGUUCCAUACUAAGGAGGCAGCAAACCAAAUGGUUGGCUGACAGCAGGGGAUUUCUCCCCACUUACCCCAGCAAUAUAAAGCAGCCUGUGAGAGCUUUGCCUAAGCUCUUGCAAAGUGUAUUUUACAAAGGUGUACCAGGACAGUGCUGCACAGCCAUGGUUGUGAUGUCAGCAGGUAAGUGCCUCAAGCUGCUCCCUUUGCUGAAUUGGCUUCUUGGCUGGUAGAAUGUACCCUGCUGCUUUCAGCUGUUUUAAAGAAAGCCUAGGCCAGUGGUUAUAACGCAAAAAAGACUAGUGUUGAAAACACACGCAGGAAAAUGAAUCCAAUGCCAAUUUCAAAAAUGUGGGAAAGGGACAAGGCAGGUUGCUGAGUAAGUAGUAGUUCAUCUGCUUAAAAUACUGCCCUCUUCUGCCAGGACUGUGUAUCAUUCUGCUGCAGAAUUUAAACCAGUGCCUGGGAGAAUCACGUUUAUUUGGCAAGCUCCAGUGCAAGAAAUGUAUUUGAGUGACAGAGAAAAACAGAAUCCCAGACCCCACACACACACUGUUGGAACGUGGGCCGACAGGGUGUCAGGAUGUAGCAGUAGGGCCACAAAACAAAUCUGGGGAGAUUACUAUAAAUGAGGGAGGAAUCCCCGGGUAGUAGGCGAGUGGCAUAGUCUACUCAGCUUCUCACCUGUAAUAACUGCGGACAGACCAAAGAGAAAGCUAUUAGCAAAUCUUACCUAUUGUCAGUCAAUUUGAGACCUCAGCUGACAGCCUCUGUCAACUCCUACCAGAGCCCAAACUGCUCCGAUUAGAACUAGAGUCUUGGUUAGCUUCUAGGUGAUCCAAAAAUAGAAAGGUAAAAUGAUCAUGUUAAUGCCCAGCACUCUGCUAUCAAAUAUACUUUAACAGUUCAUGAAAACUUGAUGAAACAACACCUGAAAGUGAACGUUGUAGCAAGAGUUGAGGUAUCAUUGUCAUACUAAAGAUCAUUAUUAAGAUAACAAAGGCAGCUUACUUGAAAUAGUAAGGGAUCUCAUCAUCUGAGGUAAGGAAGAAACAUUCUUCAUUUAAGCGGUGCUGGUUUAUGAAGCUUUCUGUUUAUCCAAAAUAAGAAUACGCAAGCAGCUACUAUCCUAGUUUACAAAAAAAAAAAAAAAAAAAAAUAAUGGACUGAGUACUAAGCAGAACUUACAGGUCCCACAGCAUGCAUUUAAAUUAUUUUUUGAUGCCUUCGUAGCUUAUAUUCUUCCUUCUAACACCUUUUAUUGAUUAAACAUAUGAUGGUAAAAUUGAAAGUGAAUGGACAUGACCUGUUUAUGUUUACAGAGUGCUAAAAAAAAGAAAAAAAGGUGUAAUCUAGGUUGCUGAUUCAAGCAGCUGUGAUUUAGAAAAUGCCAGAAUUGGGUUCUACAUUGUCUUGCUUAUAUUUGGAUAGAGUUUCACGUGCUGUGUUAUCCUUGCCUCUACUCUUUACCUUUCCCUCCCUCGACCAUGCCGUUCUUUCCAGUCUAGACUCGACCCAUGACUUCUCAAUCAGAUUUAAGUGGUUUGAAUUUUGCUAGGCCAAGGAUUUAUUCCUUUGGGAUGAGUAAUGGCGCUUCGUGUUGCUGGGAGAGGACAUUCCAUGUACAAUAGCUGAAAACCUAUGUGUGGUGAUUCCUCCACCCUAGCAGCAGUGCCAGCUAACAGGUUGUACCUGGAGGUGAAGGUUAGCCAUUUUGGAAGCAAGUUGUGCUACAACAGCCAGUCCCUCCUGUUUCCGUGCAAACAAAAUAGCUUGUUCAGAGAUCAGCUCUUGUUUCAGAAUAUUUAGAUGCCUUAUGAAGACUGCUGCCUAUGCAGCUAUCUCCCUGCUUUCUCCUUGCCCAAAGCCAGUCCUGGUCCACUGCUUUAUCUUAUUUCCUCCUCCUUCUGCUUCCCACAAACUCCUGCCUGUCUUCCAUUUUCACUCUUACAUAUAUAUGCUGUCUAUUUAUGACUCUCUAGUCCAGAAGUAUGUAGAGACCAUAGUUUUAGUGCCCAGUGAGAAUCAGAUCAUGCACCACUUCAUCCUCUAAAUUUCUUUACUUUAUUACAGAUUACCACAAAUACCACAGAAAUCACCACUACAAAUAUAUUACCACAAAAAUACUUGCAAGUAUGACUAUGAUUAAUAAAGUGAAUAUAUAAUUAUGUCCAUCCGUAUCAGCAAUCAAUAAUAUGGCACCAAUUAAUAGUACAGCAAAAAAUUAAUAUUAAAGCAACAACCAAAUAUAUAUUAUUAUAGGUUACUCCAAACUUAUCAUUAAUGAAGCAAACUUGUCAGCAAUGUAACAGCAGAUAUGCUUACGAUAAAUUACUUGUAUGGAUAUAUAAUACUGGUAUCAAGUGAAUUAGACAGAUGCCAGAAGGGGCCAAACCAUCCCAGAGGGGCAGACAAACCAAUCCCAGAGGAGGACCCAACCAUCCCAAACAUAGGAGGACAACCAAACCAACCCCAGAAGUGGGCCCAGAGGAGGACCAAUGAAGUAACAGAGUCUCACUUCAAAGAUUAUCCACAUCACAGAGUCUGGAGUCAGCCAGGCAUCCCCAGCAAUGGUCCAAGAUCUCAAAGAAAGUUUGUGCAGAGAGUUCAACCUGUUUAGGAAAGGGAAAAGUACAUGCAGCAGGGAAAGUGCUCAGAGAGAGAUGCUCCAUUUUGCUUAAAAAGUAAGUAAUUUUUAUAUCAUAGAGACAUAAGAGGGCAUAGAACUCCAUCACCUCAAGCAGCCAAUAGGUGCUACUGAUUUUUCACCUGGAAUAGACAACAGGUGGCGAUGUCUUCCGUUCUUGCAGACCAGUUUUUAUUUUUGCAGACUGUUUUCCUGUUCUUGCAGUUAGAACAAGUUAUUCUGAUUCUUACUUUUUCAGGAUGUUUUCCCCUUUUUCCAGACUAUUUUUCACCUUUUCAGAUGAUAAGUUGCCAAUAUAGUUCAUUGUUAGUUGCCCUUACCUAUCUCAGGCUGUCUCUAGUGUCUAGGCACACAGCUGUGCUUCAAAAAUUCCAGCUGCACUUUUCAAGGAUGCUUCUGGUUCAAAGACCUAGUUCCCAGGCUGGCAGGCAAUUUCUUCUCUUCAGUAAUUUUCCCUUUCUGAUAAGGUCUCUUAUGGCUGCUCAUAUAACUUGGUGACUUCCUCUCUGAGACAUUUGAUGGUGAAUGGAACAGCAUGUUAAAUAGUUGGUGAAGGAAGUCCAAAUCAACAGAUAAGUAAUUGAAUAGCAGUCUGCUACUGUUCCUUCAAUUUUCAUGACCAUGCACAGGAACAGCAUUACAUCACGUACCAAUUGUUUGCACUGUGUGUUGAAAGAUAGAGGAGAGGAACUAAAUAGGCCAGUUAGGUGUCUCUAGAAUUGUAAAUUUAGAUGUGGACCUGAAAACAUAUAGUGUUGCAAAAUUCUUCGCCCCUCCCCAAAACAAACCAGAAAAGUGUAGCUGAGCUGUAUAACUACUUUGGUAAUGUAUUUUUGUGUUUACUUGGGAAUGGUGCUUCUGAAGUACAGAAUUCUCAAUUUUGACAUCAGCACAGGAAUUAAGUAUUAACAAAAUAAAUGUUUCAUAAAGUUAUAACCUAUUCUGAAUAUAAGCAUUCACUUUUGGUUAGCUUUAAGCAGAUCAAGUAUAUAAUGGAAAAGUGCAAUCCAAAUGCUUGCUGAUCUUCCCUAAGUUUUCUGUCCUAGCAGAAUUUUCUGAUAUAAAUUGUAUCAUCAAUGGUUGUAAUGUAGCUAUAACUCCCAGGUACAGGUGUCAUGUCAGCUGCUCAGAGAACACUUGACCUGUGGAUAAAAAUGCUGGAAAAAAGUGAGUGCUGUAUCUGUUAGUGCUCCUGCUGCUGUUACUGCUCCACUCAAAUACAAGGAUUAAUAAACAUUAGAAGGAUUUCAUAAAAAACUUUUCUUUUUUCAUAAGAAACUUUUGAGAAAUAGCAAGUUUUAUCCCCAUCUUGAACAUUUUAGUGCCAGCAACACUGGGCACUCAGAGUGGUUGAGAAAGUAGUAAUUCUGUAAGAACUAAUCUCAGACAAUAAGGUGCUAAAAAUAUCUGUGCUACAUGAUGCUGAAUCAGCACAUGACCAUUGACAAAUAUACUGUUUAAAGAAGAUCACAAGACCAGUGUGUUUGGAGAACUACUUCAUUCUUAGAAUUAGACUAUGAAGCAUUUUGUUUUUUCUCUAAGGGGUAUGGGAGUUUAUUUUUGGCAGUUCCCUGUCAAUUUAUGUAAAAGUUAAUCAACCUACUGUGGUUCUCUCAUAAUCACCUACUUAGAGGUAUUGCCAUAGCCAAAUAAAUUGUCAACAGUUUUGACCUUCUCCAGUCUGUAUCUUCUAAUGGAGACAGCAGAGAAAUGGCAAAAAUCCUGUUAAGCUGCAUGAGAUAAUGCUUUAAAAAAUUCUUUAGAUCAUACUAUGUAGUGUACAUUAUAUUGUGAGGUAGUCCUACUUUUUGUUAUAUUUUAAACUGUUGUCCUGGUUCUGGCCAGGAUAGAGUUAAUUUUCACAAGGAGCCAGGACAGGUGAGCCAAGCUGGCCAGGGGGCUAUUCCAUACCAUGUGACAUCAUGCUCACCAUAAAAGGGGGCUAGUUGGGGAGGGGUGGGUUCCGUGUGGCUCCAGGACGGGCUGAGCAUCCGGUGGGUCCUGGGAUCGGUAAAUUGCUUUCUGUUAUCACCCACUGUGAACAUCCCGUUAUCAGUACUGUUGCUGUUGUUUGCCUCUCCCUUGCUGUCCCAGUAAACUGUCCUUAUCCCAACCCACGAGGCUUUGCCGUUGUUUUUCCCAUUCUCCUCCCCAUCCCACCGGGGGAGGGGUGAGCGAGCGGUCACGUGGUGCUCAGCUGCCGGCUGGGGCUGAACCGGUCGGUCCUUUUUGGCACCCAAUGUGGGGCAUGAAGGGUUGUGAUAAGGACAAGUCUGACCCACAUGUGUUAAAACAAAGUUAUUGUAAGCAUUUAUAAUGUUAUUUAAGCAGUCGCUGGUCACAAUGUUGUUCUGUUUGGUCACAUGGCUCUGGUAUGUAAACCCAUGUUUACUCUGUGUAAUCCCUGCGGUGCUGUUUAUCACCUCUGGGAGAGGGGUUUGUAUUAUUGUAUUGCGUGAUACCGACUUAUGAUAACAUCGACAGUCAUGAGUCUAAGCUGCUAUUUGUAUGUAGCAUUUCUGUCAUGUCCGUACCUCAGUCAACAUCUCUCAGAAUUGAUUAAUAAUUGCACCCAAUCUAUGGGGAAGAUGGGGGGGGAUACCUUCUCGCACUCUUUCACCUCCCUUUUUCCCUUUUGGCUGGUUACAACAAUUUUUGAGAAUUUUGAAUACCCUUGGAAUGUUCAGGCCAAUAUAUUCCUAUUGCUAGGUCUCCAGAAUGUGUUUCAAGUCCUGUUCAGGGUUACCAAAAAUUGUUUUAAGAAUACCGCCCAGGGAUCUUCCCCGAGGCUGAAUAGUCAGGGCUGGCAUGGCAUGUGGGAGAAUAUGGGUGGGUAUCUAGAGACCUUCUCACCCCCAAUGGUUUGGAGCUUCACUCCCGAACAACUGCAAGACCCUGACAAAGUGGUAGAAUAUUUGAAAGGAAAAUGCUGUGGCUAUUUCAAGGAGGCACAACUUACUGUGCUGUGCUGGGCCCUGGCCAUGAUCUACCAAACACUGCUUGACAGUAGACAGCACCAUCUGGGGGGAGAGAGGGAGAACAGACCCACAGGCACUGCGGAUACCCAAACCCCUGCAACAGGCACUGCAGCUACCCAAACCCCCACAACAGGCACUGUAGCCGAGCCAAAAGACCAACCUAUACCAGUAUCAGUCGCCCCUGUACACAAGAAGAAAUACACAAGGAAAUUGGUUCGCAUAAUGAGGGAUCAUGAUGAACUGGGACCACCACGAGAACAGGAAGAAGAGCCCAAACCAGAAGUAAUCACCCAAUCCCUGUCCCUGAGUGAGCUGCGAGAUAUGAGAAAAGAUUUCAGCUGCCUUCCAGGGGAGCACAUUAUUACCUGGCUGCCCUGAUGCUGGGAUAACAGGGGCAGUAGCCUGGAAUUUGAGGGUAGGGAGGCCAAGCAGCUGGGAUCUCUGUCUAGGGAAGGGGGCAUUGACAAGGCAAUUGGGAAAGAGGCACAGGCCCUCAGCCUCUGGAGGCGACUCCUGUCAAGUGUGAGGGAAAGGUAUCCCUUCAGCAAAGAUGUUGUAUGUCAGCCAGGCAAGUGGACCACCAUGGAGAGAGGUAUUCAAUACCUGAGGGAAUCAGCUGUGCAGGAGAUGGUUUAUUAUGACCCGGAAAACGCGCAGUUACGCACAGACCCCGAUGAACUCCAAUGUACCUGACCCAUGUGGCGGAAGUUUGUACAGAGCGCACCAUCAUCGUACGCCAACUCACUGGUGGUAAUAGACUGGAAAAGCGAAGAGGCACCAACAGUGGAUGAAGUGGUUGGCCUACUCUGUCAAUAUGAAGAGAGUCUCUCUUCCUCCCCUGUCUCAGCUGUGGGGAAACUGUCCCGGGAGGUCCGGCAGCUCAAAGAGGAUAUGUCUUAGUCGUCACCUGCACAGACCAGUAUUUCAGCUAUUAGGAGUAAGUGUUCCUCUGCUCCAGAGAGGGGAUAUAGAGCAUACACACCACGAGGUAUCCUGUGGUUUUACCUGUGCGACCAUGGAGAGGACAUGAGGAAAUGGGAUGGAAAGCCUACCUCAACCCUACAGGCACGAGUACAUGAGCUGCAAGGCAAGACAGUCAUAAAAAGGGAUUCUUCCAGGAAAAAUGCUGCUCCAGUUUCCAGCGGGCAGCCCCCCAGAUUGAAUGAAAGGCCUGCUCACACUUAUGAUCCUCUUGAAGGGACUUCUAAGUCCUUUUUGCAAGAAGUCAGUAGUGAAUAUAAUGAGCAGGAUUAGAAGGGCCCUGCCUCCAGCCAGGUGGAGGAGAGGGACAAUCGGGUUUAUUGCACUAUGUGGAUCCGAUGGCCUGGCACAUCAGACCCACAGGAGUACAAGGCCCUAGUGGACACUGGCGCACAGUGUACUUAAUGCCAUCAAGCUAUGAAGGGGCAGAACCCAUCUCUAUUUCUGGUGUGACAGAGGGAUCCCGACAGUUAACUGUACUGGAGGUUGAAGCGAGUCUAAGUGGGAAUGACUGGGAAAAACACCCCAUUGUGACUGGGCCAGAGGCUCCGUGCAUCCUGGGCAUAGACUACCUCCAGAGAAGGUACUUCAAAGACCCAAAGGGGUACCGGUGGGCUUUUGGUAUAGCUGCCUUGGAGUUGGAGGAAAUUAAACAGCUGUCUACCUUGCCUGGUCUCUCAGAGGACCCUUCUGUUGUGGGGUUGCUGAGGGCUGAAGAACAACAGGUGCCAAUCGCUACCACAACCAUACGCCAGCAGCAAUACCACACCAACCGAGACUCCCUGAUUCCCAUCCACAAGCUAAUUCAUCAACUGGAGGGUCAGGGAGUGAUCAGCAGAACCUGCUCACCUUUUAACAGUCCCAUAUGGCCAGUGCAGAAGUCCAAUGGAGAGUGGAGGCUGACAGUAGACUAUUGUGGCCUGAAUGAAGUCACGCCGCCCAUGAAUACUGCCGUGCCAGACAUGCUAGAACUUUCACUUGGAGGGGCGUCCAGUAUACCUAGAACCGACUGCCCCAGGGAUGGAAAAACAGCCCCACCAUUUGCCAUGGACUGAUCCAGACUGCGCUGGAACAGGGUGAAGCCCCAGAGCACCUGCAAUGACAUCAUUGUAUGGGGCAACUCAGCAGAGGAGGUUUCUGAGAAAGGGAAGAAAACAAUCCAAAUCCUGCUGAAAGCUGGCUUUGCCAUAAAACGAAGUAAGGUCAAGGGGCCUGUGCAGGAGAUUUAGUUUUUAGGAGUAAGAUGGCUUGAUGGAUGUCAUCAGAUGCCAAUGGAUAUUAUCAACAAAAUGGCAGCCAUGUCUCCACUGACCAACAAAAAGGAAACACAGACUUUCUUAGGCGUUGUGGGUUUCUGGUGAAUGCGCAUUCCGAAUUACAGUCUGAUAGUAAGCCCUCUCUACCACGUAACCUGGAAGAAGAAUGAUUUCAAAUGGGGCCCUGAACAACGACAAGCUUUUGAACAAAUUAAACAAGAAAUAGUUCAUGCCGUAGCUCUUGGGCCGGUCCGGGCAGGACCAGAUGUGAAAAAUGUGUUCUAUACCGCAGCUGGGGAGAAUGGCCCUACCUGGAGUCUCUGGCAGAAAGCACCAGGGGACACUCAAGGUCGACCCCUGGGGUUUUGGAGUCAGGGAUACGGAGGAUCCAAGGCCUGCUACACUCCGACUGAAAAAGAGAUAUUGGCAGCAUAUGAAGGGGUUCAAUCUGCUUCAGAAGUGAUUGGUACUGAAGCACAGCUCCUCCUGGCAUCCCGACUGUCGGUGCUGGGCUGGAUGUUCAAAGAGAGGGCCCCCUCUACACACUGUGCAACUGAUGCUAUGUGGAGUAAGUGGGUUGCACUGAUCACACAGUGGGCACAAAUAAGAAACCCCAAUCGCCCAGGAAUUCUGGAAGUGAUCACAGACUGGCCAGAAGGCAAAGAUUUUGGAAUGUCACCAGAGGAGGACGUGACACGCACUAAAGAGGCCUCACCGUAUAAUAAAUUAACAGAAGAUGAGAAGCCAUAUGCCCUGUUCACUGAUGGGUCCUGUCGCAUCGUGGGAAAGCAUUGGAGGUGGAAAGCUGCUGUAUGGAGUCCUACACGACGAGUCACAGAAGCUGCUGAAGGAGAAGGUGAACUGAGCCAGUUUGCAGAAGUGAAAGCCAUCCAGCUGGCUUUAGAUAUUGCCAAAGAGGAAAAGUGGCUGAUGCUCUACCUCUAUACUGCCUCGUGGAUGGUGGCAAAUGCCCUGCGGGGGUGGUUAUGGCAAUGGAAGCAGAGCAACUGGCAGCGCAAAGGCAAACCCAUCUGGGCUGCCCCAUUGUGGCAAGAUAUUGCUGCCCGGCUAGAGAAGCUAGUUGUAAAGGUACGUCAUGUAGAUGCCCACAUACCCAAGAGCUGGGCUACUGAGGAACAUCAAAACAACCAGCAGGUGGAUCAGGCUGCUAAGACUGAAGUGGCUCAGGUGGAUUUGGACUGGCAACAUAAGGGUGAAUUGUUUAUAGCUCCCUGGGCCCAUGACACCUCAGGCCAUCAAGGAAGAGAUGUGACAUAUAUAUGGGCCCGUGAUCAAGGGGUGGACUUUACCAUGGAUGCCAUCUCACAGGUCAUCCAUCAAUGUGAAACGUGCUGCAAUCAAGCAAGCCAAGUGGGUAAAGCCUCUGUGGUAUGGAGGAUGAUGGUUUAAAUAUAAAUAUGGGGAAGCAUGGCAAAUCGACUACAUCACACUCCCACAAACCCACCAAGGCAAGUGCUGUGUACUUACAAUGGUGGAAGCAAUCACUGGAUGGCUGGAAACAUACCCCGUGCCACUGCCCGGAACACUAUCCUGGGCCUUGCAAAGCAAGUCCUGUGGUGACAUGGCACCCGAGAAAGAAUUGAGUCAGACAAUGGGACUUCCCAAACAAGCUCAUAGACAGCUGGGCCAAAGAACAUGGCAUUGAGUGGGUGUACCACAUCCCCUGUCAUGCACCUGCCUCUGAGAAAAUUGAAAGGUACAAUGGACUGCUAAAGACUACACUGAGAGCAAUGGGUGGUGGGACUCUCAAACACUGGGACACACAUUUAGCAAAGGCCUCCUGGUUAGUUAACACGAGGGGAUCUGCCAAUCGAGCUGGCCCUGCCCAGUCAAAACUUCCACAUCCUGUAGAAGGGGAUAAAGUUCCCGUAGUGCGCAUGAAAAAUAUGUUGGGGAAGACAGUUUGGGUUGUCCCUGCUUCAGGCAAAGGCAAGCCCAGCUGUGGGAUUGCUUUUGCUCAAAGACCAGGGUGCACUUGGUGGGUGAUGAAAAAGGAUGGGGAAGUCCGAUGUGUACCUCAAGGGGAUUUGAUUUUGGGUGAGAAUAGCCAAUAAAUUAAAUUGUAUGAUGUUAAUAGCUAUAUACUGUAUCCAUGCUAUGACCAUAAGAAUCACCCAAAACUAACGAAGGAUGGACUUUAAAACUGAGCAAAGUGCCAUGACAAUGGAACUAGAACUGACUUCAGCAACUGCUGCCCAGGAGCUUCAUUGAAAAUCACAUCUUCGACACACAGACUGUGAGCAUGGACCAUGCCAGAUACACCAGCCAUGAAACUCUGGAUGCAGCGUGCAACAGUCCAGCAGCACGCACCAUUGCUCCUGCCCUGAGAGACUGUAGUGACAGAUGGAGCCCAAAGCCAUGGACUAAAUGAAUUCGAUGGACAUUUUAGAGUGAUGGCCCAUAGAGAAAGGGAAUGGUAUCUGUGAAUAAUCUGGGCAUGAUGUAGAUGGUAUAGAAUAAGGGGUGGAUAAUGUCCUGAUUCUGGCUAGGAUAGAAUUAAUUUUCACAAGGAGCCAGGACAGGCGAGCCAAGCUGGCCAGGGGGCUAUUCCAUACCAUGUGACAUCAUGCUCACCAUAAAAGGGGGCUAGUUGGGGAGGGGUGGGUUUGGCGUGGCUCCAGGGUGGUCUGAGUGUCCGGUGGGUCCUGGAAUUGGUAAAUUGCUUUCUGUUAUUACCCAUUGUGAAUAUCCCAUUAUCACUACUGUUGUUGUUGUUUGCCUCUCCCUUGCUGUCCCAGUAAACUGUCCUUAUCCCAACCCACGAGGCUUUGUCUUUGUUUUUCCCAUUCUCCUCCCCAUCCCACCGAGGGAGGAGUGAGCAAGCGGCUGCUAGGGUUAAACAGCGACAACUGUAAAGCUGAAAUUUAACUUAAUGAAAAUUUGAUUCAAACAAAGAUAACAGUGAUACAAAACUUCAAUCUGACAUGAUAAUGAGUAAUUUAAAUAAAAGAGUGAGAGGGUGGUCUGGUAAGUUCAUGGUUUUAUAAAGAUGGAAAGAACUGGACUGCUUGGUAAAAAUAUUAGAAACUAACCCAUGUGCCCCUGCUACAAGAGGAGGAUAGAUUCCCUCAGUAUUCCUCAAGAACCUGACUUGUGGAUGAGGAGUCUGAUUUAGCUGAUUGCAUUUCAGAAUGAAGUCAAUAAAUAAGGCCAGUUUUAUAAUAAAAGAUGUUAUUUUUGUAUCAUAGGUAUAGCAUGGGCUUGUGGGAUUUUAAAAACUACAUAUUUAAUUUCCUUUUCAAGGAACUUUGAAACUAUAUUCUGAAAGCUUGGCAUAUCUCUGCCCAUAGUCUGGAAUGUUUGCUGUUGGAAAGUAUGUUUUUCUGAGUUGGAAGAAGCAAUAAGAUAUGAAAGCCAAGACAUCCAUUCCCUUCUGUACUUUUGCCAUUAAUUCAAUAAACAUCACCUGUCUGUCAAA